CUUCCUCGGGAGCUUUUUAGAUGUGCAUAAUCCCCGAGUUGACCCAGAAAAUCGUCAGUCGCUCGCUUGAAGAUCUGAUGCUGCAGUCUUUGUGCGCACCUCACCCGGCAAUGACGCGCGGCCCCGCGGACUCCUCGCACUGAGCGAACCCCCCCACCCCUUCUACCUCCCUCCUCUCCUUCACCUCUCCCUCCCUCUCCUUCCUCACCGCAGCGGACCACCGAACCAGCGGACCGGGCCGAGCCUUGAGUGGAGUAACUUUGGAGUUUUUUUUUUUCUUUUUGUUUUUCUUUUUUUUUUUUUUCGAGGAGCUGAGCACGGAGGCAUGGCGGAGCACCUCAUGAUGCCCAUGAAUCACGGUUCAGCCGGCGCCGGUCUCCACGCGUAUCGGAUGGGCAUGAACGGCCUGCAGGCAGGCCACCCGCCGCACGGCCAGCAGGCCUCGGCCAUGCGGGCCAUGCCCGGCGGCCAGAUGAUGCACUACGCCGGCGCGCAGGCCGGCAUGGAGAUGCGCCAACGGCAGGGUAUGGUGCCACCCGGUGGGCCCAUGAGCGGCGCCCAAAUGGGGCACCACCACCAGAUGAUGUACAACGGGCAGCAGCAUCACAUGCACCAGGCCCAGCAGCAGCAGGUCCAACAACAACAACAACAGCAGCAGCAGCAGCAGCAGCAACACGCCGCCCAGCUGAGCCAAUUCAUGAACGGAGGCUUGACGUCGCAGCAGCUCAUGGCCAGCAUGCAGCUCCAAAAACUCAACACGCAAUAUCAUGGACACCCGCUGGGCCCCAUGGGCGGCGGCGGCGGCGGGGGUCACAUGGGCGGCCCGGCCAACCAGUACCGCAUGAACCCGGCCCAACUGGCCAACAUGCAGCACAUGGCGGUCCCGGCGCUGGCGCUGAACGGCAUGGAUGCGGACAUGAUCGACGAGGAGGCGCUCACCUCGCUGGUGGUGGAGCUCGGCCUGGACCGGGUCCAGGAGCUGCCCGAACUCUUCCUGGGUCAGAACGAGUUUGACUUCAUCUCGGACUUUGUCAGCAAACAGCAGCCCAGCACGGUUAGCUGCUGAGACCACCCU